AUGGCCAAAAGAUCAACUCGUCGCGUCGUUAUUAUCGAUCCUACCGAUUGGCCGAAAUCAUUGUAUGAUGAUAUUAAUUGGAAAUUGUUGCAAGCUUGCACCGUUCGGCAUAUAGCUAUAGCGAGAGAAGCGCUGUCUCAGGGCGCUGAUGUUAAUUGCAGAAGGUCCGAUUUCUUGACGCCGCUGCAUAUCGCUACCGAACAUAAUGAUACGGAACUCGUACAAUUGCUCUGCGAUCAGCCAUCCAUCGAUAUUGAGGCAAAAACGAUGCACGGAUUGACACCGCUUCACAAAGCUGCCUUAUUAGGACAUUCGCAUGCGAUUCUAACAUUGCUAGAAAAUGGCGCCGCAGUUAAUUGCACGGAUAACCUAAGAAGAUAUCCGUUACAUUACGCCGCUUUACACCGAGACGUUAAAAGUGCCACUAUAUUAUUAACAAACAAUGCUAACGUGAACGUCUAUGACGUCUUUCAUGAAAGUCCACUUUACACUAGCGUCAUUCGAAGACCCUUCUAUCCGAUGAUUAAAUUAUUGCUAGCAUACGGAGCUACAGUACACUCGGAACCUCAUCAGAAUUCGUUAGGGUUACUUCUUGAAGCUGUGUUAAGUAUGAAAAGCGCAUCGGAUAUAAAAAUAUUGGAACUUCUUUUUCGAAGUGAUGCAAAUGUAAAUACAACGGAUGCCUGUGGUUUACGUACCCCUUUGCACAUAGUAGCUAUGACAGGAAAUUUUGAACUAGCCUCGUAUCUUAUCGAGAAAGGAGCUGAUUUAAAGUGGGAAAAUCGAGCUGGACGAACACCCAUGGAUGUAGCUAUAAUGUGCGGACACUUCAAAAUUGCGCAGUUAAUUCAUAAUUCCUUUUCAACGAAAUUAAAAAUACAUCGAACAUCUAGUACAACAGACCUUACAAAUGGGCAAAAUUAA